GAGGAUGAGCAGCACGCGUAAUGUAUGGGACAUAAUGGAGGAUAGGUAGGGAAGGCUCUCAAGCUCGCUAAGAGUAGCUCAACAACUGUUGAUAUAUUUCCAGUUGUUGUCUUGGACUGUUUAAUACAUCUGAGUCAAUAUACGCUCGCUACCGCAGUUUGCUUGGACCGAACGACGCCCUGGACAUUAGCAAAAUGCCGAAUAUAAAGAUAUUUAGCGGUAGCUCACAUCCGGAUCUGUCUCAGAAAAUAGCAGACCGCCUGGGUCUCGAAUUGGGGAAGGUUGUUACCAAAAAAUUUAGCAACCAAGAAACAUGCGUGGAGAUUGGCGAAAGUGUACGUGGAGAAGACGUCUACAUAGUGCAAAGUGGAUGUGGGGAGAUCAAUGACAAUCUAAUGGAGCUGCUGAUCAUGAUCAACGCCUGCAAGAUUGCCUCUGCCUCCAGGGUCACAGCAGUCAUCCCCUGCUUUCCGUAUGCCCGACAAGACAAGAAGGACAAGGUGGGGAGCCGUGCACCUAUCUCUGCCAAGUUGGUGGCUAAUAUGUUGUCAGUGUCAGGCGCUGACCAUAUAAUUACCAUGGACUUGCACGCUUCACAGAUACAGGGUUUCUUUGAUAUCCCCGUUGAUAACUUGUAUGCAGAGCCAGCCGUUCUUAAAUGGAUCAAGGAGAACAUCCCUGAAUGGAAAAACUGUACUAUUGUCUCACCUGAUGCAGGAGGAGCCAAAAGGGUUACCUCAAUAGCGGACCGACUGAAUGUGGAUUUUGCUCUUAUUCACAAAGAAAGGAAAAAAGCAAAUGAGGUUGAUCGCAUGGUUCUCGUCGGAGAUGUGACAGAUCGGGUCGCCAUUCUAGUGGAUGACAUGGCUGAUACGUGUGGGACAAUCUGCCAUGCUGCUGACAAACUCAUUUCUGCAGGUGCCACCAAGGUGUAUGCCAUCCUAACCCAUGGCAUCUUUUCUGGCCCUGCCAUCUCACGCAUCAACAAUGCCUGUUUUGAAGCUGUGGUGGUCACCAAUACAAUUCCUCAGGAGGAGAAAAUGAAGCAUUGUUCCAAAAUACAGGUGAUAGACAUCUCCAUGAUCCUUGCAGAGGCUAUUCGCAGAACUCACAAUGGCGAGUCCGUCUCUUACUUGUUUAGCCAUGUUCCACUGUAGCAACACCAUCAUCUUUGUGCUGUCAUCACCACAUAAGAGGAAAGGGGAAAUCCCCAAACACUGUCAUUAAAAUAAGAUGUCCCUCUAAUUAACCACAGAGGAGGGAAGAAAAAUAAAUGAAUGAACUGUCAUGUCUGUUACUAAUGCUGACCCCAUCGCGCUCAAGUUCCUCCCCCUGUGAGCGGUUUAUGUCUUGGGCGCCAAAGCAAUCGCAAGCUACCAAUUAAGGCUGACUUAUUUAUUUUCUAUGGAUAAAUUAGUGUUUAUCCAGUGUCAACUUUCUUUCAAAGCAUUUAACAUGCAGAAUUUUUAUUUUGGUCAAUAUAUCUUCCUAAACGAUAUUUCAGUCUCCUGUCAAAGAGCUUCUAUAAAGGCAGGUUUCAGUGCUCAGGAGAAGCAUCUUGCAUAUAAAGCUGUUACAGUGCUUUUUUUUCUGUUACAAUGAAUGAGCAUAGUUUUACAUGUUGCGCUGGUAUUCUUUGUUGUUUUGAAUGACUGUGAAUGUGUUUGAAAUAGUUUGUGGUGCCACUGAAGCUCCACUCAACCAAGAGUGCCUCAAAAGUCUGAAAUGAAAUGAUAUUUUCCGCCAGUUCUUUCUGCUUCCCUUUCUUCCAUUUUGCUCUUUGCCUUCUCACUGGAAGAACGCUCAUAUCUUUGCAGGCUGUAUUUUUUUUUUUUCUUCGUCUUCUUUUCUCCCGAGAUGUUUCUUUCAACUCUUGAGGUGCCCUCAUUGAGUGGGGUUUACCCAGUGUCUCAGAAUUUUACCCUUCAGGAGUCUACAAGGGAGAUGAUGGAGAAUCUGUCAGGUUUUUACCUUGAGGUUCUGCAGGCUGGAGCUUCCUUUAGAAAUGUUCACCUGCUGUCCUUGUCUUUUGUAUGUCUGGAGGAAGGAUUUGUCAUUAAUAUGCAUAAUCCAAGCCUUUGUGUUUUGUUUUACAGUAGAAAGAAUGCACCAAAUGUUUAAGAAUGCAUUCUCAAUAAAAAUGAAUAUGCUUAAAA